AUGUUAUUAUCUCUCAGACAAUCGGCAUCGGCUCUUCGUCGGUGCUCGCCCCGGCUGGCUGCCCAGCCGGGCAGCCAGGUGGGCAGCCAGGUGGGCCAGCGCCCCAGGGGACUUGCUUCCGCAAGCCCCGGCGCCGGCGCGGCUGCGGCCGCUGCGGAGGCAGACUCCAGCAGCCGCCACGGCCAGUACCACAUUGUGGACCACGAGUACGAUUGCAUAGUGGUGGGCGCAGGAGGAGCCGGGCUAAGAGCCGCGUUUGGCCUGGCCGAGGCAGGCUUCAAGACGGCGUGUAUCUCCAAGCUGUUCCCCACGAGAUCGCACACGGUGGCGGCGCAGGGCGGUAUCAAUGCAGCGUUAGGCAACAUCCACAAGGACGACUGGAAGUGGCACAUGUACGACACCGUCAAGGGCUCAGACUGGCUAGGAGACCAGGAUGCGAUCCAUUACAUGACACGUGAGGCGCCGGAUUCGAUCAUCGAGCUGGAGCAUUUCGGUAUGCCGUUUUCGCGCACGGAGGAAGGGCGUAUUUACCAGCGGGCGUUCGGCGGGCAGUCCAAGGAGUUCGGCAAGGGCGGGCAGGCGUACCGGACGUGCGCGGUUGCAGACCGCACAGGGCAUGCCAUGCUGCACACGUUGUACGGGCAGGCGCUGAACCACAGUACGCAUUUUUUCAUUGAGUAUUUUGCGCUUGAUUUGCUGACGCACAACGGGGAGGUGGUAGGAGUCAUCGCAUACAACCAGGAGGACGGGACGAUCCAUCGGUUCCGUGCGCAUCGCACGGUGUUGGCCACAGGCGGGUAUGGGCGGACGUAUUUUUCGUGCACGUCCGCGCACACGUGCACGGGUGACGGCAACGGGAUGGUGUCACGUGCCGGGUUCCCGCUGCAGGACCUGGAGUUUGUGCAGUUCCAUCCGUCCGGCGUGUACGGGUCCGGGUGUCUGAUCACGGAGGGCGCACGUGGCGAGGGAGGGUUCCUCGUGAACUCCGAGGGCGAGCGGUUCAUGGAGCGGUACGCGCCAACCGCGAAGGACCUGGCGUGCCGCGAUGUUGUUUCGCGUGCGAUGACCAUGGAGAUCCGCGAGGGCCGUGGUGUAGGGCCGCAGAAGGACCACAUAUAUCUGCAGCUGCAUCAUUUGCCUGCGUCUGUGUUGAAGGAGCGUCUGCCGGGCAUUUCCGAGACCGCCCACGUGUUUGCGGGUGUUGAUGUGACCAAGGAGCCCAUUCCUGUUCUGCCUACGGUGCACUACAAUAUGGGAGGCGUUCCAACUCGUUGGAACGGCGAGUGCUUAACGGUCGACCAAGAAACCGGCGAGGACAAGGUUAUUCCGGGGCUGUUGGCGUGUGGCGAGGCUGCGUGUGUUUCUGUGCAUGGCGCAAACCGGCUGGGCGCUAAUUCGCUGUUGGAUCUGGUUGUGUUUGGACGUGCUGUGGCGCACACGAUCAGUGAUACGCUGCAGCCGGGGCUGCCACACAAGCCGGUGCCCGCCGAUCUGGGGCAGGAAUCCAUUGCCAAUCUGGACAAGCUGCGCACGGCCACGGGCCCGCUGUCCACCAGCACCAUCCGGUUGAACAUGCAGAAGACAAUGCAGAACGAUGUGUCUGUGUUCCGUACAGAGGAGUCUUUGCAGGCGGGGCUGCGCAACAUUCUGGAGGUUGACUCGACGUUUGUGGACGUGGGGACCACGGACCGGUCUAUGAUCUGGAACAGCGAUCUUGUGGAGACGCUGGAGCUGCAGAACCUGCUGACAUGUGCUACGCAGACGGCUGCGUCUGCGGUGGCGAGAAAGGAGUCACGUGGUGCGCAUGCCCACGAGGAUUACCCGGACCGAGACGAUGAGAACUGGAUGAAACAUACGCUGUCGUGGCAGAGGGGAUCUGGAGAUCCCGUUGAGAUCAAGUACCGUAAUGUUAUUGCAACUACUCUUGAUGAAGCCGAGUGUGCUCCGGUGCCCCCCACGGUGAGGGCUUACUGA